GUGUUACUUUCCGUUUGGGAAGGGAGAAAACUGUGGAAAAAUUACAAAGUGACAGACGAUCGCAAUUUCUUCAGUGAAAUUGAAGUUGUCUUUAUAUACAUGCAUUUUUUGGAAAGCUAGCUUUAUACCUCACGCUUUGAAGAACUGCCAAUAUGUCAGUAUGUUUUGGAUGUGCAUGUUUAAAGCCACGCUACAAACGACUUGUUGAUAAUAUAUUCCCACUGAACCCAGAGGAUGGACUUGUUAAAAACAACAUGGACAAACUGACAUAUUAUGCCAUGUCAAACUCAGAAAAACUUGAUAGAAUUGGAGCUUAUCUGGAACAAAAACUAGGAAGAGAUUUACAGCGCAGGAGGAUAGGAAAUGUAUUUAUAAGUAUGGAUGCUUUAGACCAGCUAUUAGUAGCCUGUCACUCUCAUUCACUUAACUUGUUUGUGGAAAGUUUCCUGAAGAUGGUACAGAAACUGCUAGAAUCUGAUGACCCUGACCUACAAGUAUUAGCUACACAAUCAUUUGUAAAGUUUGCCAAUAUAGAGGAAGAUAACCCUUCAUACCAUAGACGAUAUGAUUUCUUUGUAUCAAAAUUUAGUGCAAUGUGCCAUUGUGGCAAAGAUAAUGAAAACAUUAAAACAAAAAUACGUAAUGCUGGGUUAAGAGGUCUACAGGGUGUAGUAAGAAAGACUGUAUCAGAUGAUUUACAAGUAAAUAUUUGGGAAUCUAUACACAUGGAUAAAAUGGUUCCAUCGCUGUUGUUUAACAUGCAUAACCCUAAUUUUAUGUCUGUGGAUUUAGAAAGUCCUAAAGAUGAAGAACAUCCAGUAUACUUAUCAGAAGUUGUCUUCAGAGAUCUGGUGUGCAGAGCUUCUUAUGGAAAUAUCAAAAGUGUGUUAAAACCAGCAUUAAUACAUUAUGACAACCACAAGUUAUGGGUUCCAAGUGAUUUUGUUGUGAAAUGUUUUAAGAUUAUCAUGUAUUCUGUACAGCAACAGUAUGGUUAUAUUGUUAUACAGACUUUAAUGGAACAUUUAGAUAAACACACCCGAAGUGAGCCCCAGAUAAAGAACAGUAUUAUAGAUGUAUUAUAUGAGUCUGUAUUAAUAGCUGCUGGUGGAUCUAUUGGACCUUCUGUGUUAGAUGUUAUCAACACUUUACUCAGACAUCUCAGACUUUCUAUAGAAACUAAUGAUGAAACAAAAGAACAGUUUGAGGAUAAUAUCAUUAAUACUAUAGGGGAAUUUGCCAAGAAUCUGCCUGACUACCAGAAGAUAGAAAUUAUGAUGUUUAUAAUGGGAAAGUUUCCACAGUUUUCCUCAGAAGAAUUAGGAGAAGCAGUUGAUACUAGAAUGCAAACCAUGCUCCUGAAAACAUUACUUAAAGUUGCCACUAAAUAUAAAACAGUUGAAAUGCAGAAAACUUUCCCUGUUGAAUUCCUAAUACCAUUGCUGAGAAUAUCACUAUUACCAGAUUCUACAAUGAGAGCUACCGUUCAGGAUAUAUUACACAAGCUUAUAGAUCGUCAUGACAAUACGGAAAAACUUAAACAUAUAACAAUACCUAAAGAUGUUGGUGAUUUAGAUCUAGUUGUAGAAAAGAAUUCUCGACAUGACAGCCUGUUUAUGAAGAAGAAUGGCCUGCAGUUUUAUUGGCAUAUAUUGGAAAAUGUUCAGAUGACUACCAACAAAGUGAACAACUUUGAAUCCCUCUAUUGUACAAUGUGUUUAUUAUGUGUGGAGAUAGGAUGUGAUGAAAUGGUUAUAGAAUUACUAAGACUUGGUUUAGAUUUACAGCAAUUGGCCAUGACUAAUUCAUCUUUACCCCUAACACAUAAAUGUGCUGUCCAUGGUAUGGUAGCUGCUUACCUCAACCUAGCCAGUCAACUGUUAUGUGAGCAACCAGUCUGUCAGUAUAUCUCUGAAAUUAUAGAGAUGAGAAGAAAAGAAGCCCCACACUACCUUCCAGAGUUUGCUUUCAACAGAGCCAACAGACCAAACAGCUACCCAUCCAGCGACACAAUGAGGGAUGAAUGGUUGUUUGAUCAGGUCAUGUUACAGGAGUUAUUGGUUGAAUGUGGACAAGAUGCUUCACGUCUUAAUGUCUCCUUGGCACAGAAACCAUACAGUGCAAUGGAUGUUGGAACUAGUGGCAGUGCAAGUGACAUAGGAUCUAUACAGCUUGAGGUAGAGAGUACUGAAACUUCACCAAUGAUGUCUAGGAAAUCUGUGAAAGAGGAAAUUACAGUUGAGUCAUUAAAGAAAAUGUUGGCUGAAGACAGUAGAGAGAAGAAGGAAGAAGAAGAGAAGAGACGACUUGAGAUUGUACAUACAUUUAGGACAGCACCAUUUGAAGAAAUAGUAGCUCGUUCUGAGGCCAAGUCCAAUCAUUUCCGUAACAAACUAAGUGAGAUUUUAGACAUGGUGUCCAAACCUCCAGAGAGUCCAGAGAGGAAUAGGAAAGCAUUCAGUGACAAUGUGGUACCAGUGUAUGAUAUGCAGUUUCCUGAAUUAUUUGUUUAUUGAUGGAACUCUGUUUACUAUCCGAUUACAGAUGUCAAAUGUCUAUGUUGACUGUUUAAAGUGAGAUUAUAAAAUGAUUUUGUAAGAUAACAUGUUGUCAAGAAUAAUUAUUAAUAUGCAUUAUAUAAGUUAGUUUAUCAGAUACAUGGUGAUGGUAAAAUGUAUUGAUUAACAAACACAGAGUGGAUUAAAUACAUAUUUAUUGUAAGACAGAGGGGAUUAGAUAAUUAUCUAUUUCAUCCUCCUGUACAAAGUUGAUGUUAACACCACUUAUUAUAUGAACAGAACAAUCUAAAGAUGAAAAAGAUUUUGGUAUAACAAAAAGUCCUCAGAGUUUACAUGUCUUGCAUUUCUAUCUUAAUUAUCAGAUGACUUCUUAUAGAAGCAUUUACCCUUUUAUAACAAUAUUUGACCAAUUGAAAUAUUUUUCCUGAACUGUUAACAAACCAAACAGUGAAGUAAAAUCUUAGAUGAAAGUGCCAAUAAUACUGAAACCAUAAAUUGACAUCUUAUAGGAGUAAUGGAUCUUUGAUAAAUAUAAUUGGUAAAUGGAAGUCGUUUUGUAUUUUAGUUGAAAUGCAGUAUAGACAGAUAGACUAUUUAAGCCAACAUGAUCAUCAAGGCUUUUCCUAUGUUACCUGAACUGUCAGUUGACUGUUUAUUUGAAAUGUUCCACUUAAAUAACUUUGUGUACUCAUUAAUUAUUUAAAUUUGUUUGAUAAUAUUUAAAAUGAAUAUUCCUCUGUUUGUGUGAUUUUAUUGACAUAUUGUUGUUUAUGUCGAUUUCAAUGAAUGAUGUUAAGGUAGAUUAUAAGUAUAUGUUUCCCAAGAUAGAAUUUUCUUAUACUAGUACUUUGACAAAAUGAAGAUUUAAUUAUGUGCUUUUCAAAAAUAUAAUAAAAAAGAUGGGUCACUAUUCUUUUUUUUUUAGCUAUGAGUCAUUGAAAAUUGCCUAAAUUUGCUCAGAAUGAUCAUGAAAAAAACACAUUUUGUGCAUAAAAAGAAAACUGUGAGAUAGAAUUUUGAAAUGAAAUGUUAGAAGAUGUGUUUCAUAGUAUGUUUAAAGAAAAGAAAAAAUGGUGUCAUUGAACUUGUUUUUUGUACUUGAAGAGUUAUCUCCCCUUAAAUGACUUAGUUGAAAAAAAUGAUUUCUAAACACAAUUGUUUGGUAUUUGUUUUUCUAGUAUAAUGCAAUAAAUCAGCAAGUUUUCCUCAUACAAAUUAACAGUCUUGAGGAUCAUUCAUUUCAAUUACACCAAGGACCAUUCAUAAAAAUCUUUACACACUAAAUAUCAUUCAUUAAAGUGUUCCCCUUAAAAUGAUAUGGAAUGAUAUAUCUAAUAAAAUUGCACAUCUGUCUGCACAUUUGCAGAUUUACAAUCCAAGAUGGCUCUAUACCAUGACUCUACCAUAAGUAUGUAUUGAUUUUAAUGAAUGAUCCUCAGUGUGUGAGUUUUAGUGAUCGAUUCUUGGUGUGUAAAUUUGAUGAAGGAUAUUUAGAAUGCGUAGAUUUAAGUGAAUGAUAUUUAGUGUGUAAAAGAUUUUAAUGAAUGGUCCUUGGUGAAAUACACCUUAUCGCUAUUUGUCGGCCAUUACUGGAUAUCACACAGGUUCCCGUAAAAUUUUGACGUCACAAAACAAAAUAUCUGACACCACAAUGGAAAAGUGAUUGUUGUAUGCGUCAAAAGUUCAAGCGGCCGGGUCAGCCGGGACUAGCGAUAAGGUAUAUUGAAAUGAAUAAUCCUCAGUGUGAAUACAUGAUAUUUAGUAUGUGUAGAUGGAAAUGAGAGGACAGCUGUUAUUAUUUCAUACUUUAUUCCUGACAAACAUUUUCAACUUAACAUAUAUAUUAACCAACACCAGAGAAUGUGUCAUAAUGUAUGCAUCCUAGUUCAAAGGUCAGUCCGUUGGUCUGUCCAUCCGUUCGUUGUUCUUAACAAAUUGUGUCCGCUCUACCUCUCGAGAACCGUUAAUAUUUCAUUCUUUAUACUUGGUGGGUCAUAAUAUUGAAGGCAUAAUUCUAAAAAUAUGUGACAAAUAUCAAUUGGGCAGCACCUUUAAACAUAUUGUUCAAACAUCAAUCCAUAUAUCGAGAAGUCACCUUAGAGUAGUCAACAAUGAGUUCACAUCAUGCAGUCAUAUCACUAUUAUACUAUGAAAGUAAGUUGAGAAUAUUUUACAGUUUUAACUAAAAAUCUUAGAUUAAAAUCACACGUGAGACUAUGUAAUAACUUCAAAUAAUGCUUCAUAUCAGAUUAUCCAUACAACUUAUUUACCUUACGUUAUUGACAGCGGGGCCCACAGAGAUAGCUCCCAUCUCAAUGAUAUCUAGUUAAAUAUGUGUUUAAUGUAUUUAUUAUAUAGGUGUUUAAUGUAUUUAUUAUAUAUGUGUUUAAUGUACUUAUUAUAUAUGUGUUUAAUGUAUUUAUUAUAUAUGUAUUUAAUGAAUUAAUGGUAACUGUGUUAAAUGUUUUAAUAAUAUCUGUGUUUAGUGGUAUCUACUAUAAUGUAUUGCAAUCAUGAUGUUGUAAUAUUGAACUUAAAUCUAAUGUCAAUAAAAGUUUAAAAUUUUAAA